GAAAAGUAUCAUUCAGCUUUAGUCUUUCUAGAUUUCACAUUACAACCUAUCUACAACAAAAUGUACAAGAUUGUUCUGGUUGCUUUUGCGCUCUUUGGAGCCAUCGCUGCCCAGCACUACUACCAGCAGGGUCAUCAACAGGGACAUCACGAGGAGGAACACUACGCGCCUGCCCACUACGAGUACGCGUACGACGUUCAUGAUGACCACACCGGAGACGUGCACGGCCAGAAGGAGUCCCGCAAGGAUCACACCACCCAGGGCGAAUACUACCUGAUCGAUGCCGAUGGCCACAAGCGCACCGUGACGUACCACGUCGAUGGCAAGAGCGGUUUCAUCGCCCAGGUCCACCGGGAACCGAUCAAGGGAUACCAGGCACCGCAGCCACAGGUGCACAAGGUGCUGGCCGUCCCAGUGAGCCACGGGUACCACCAUUAGAAGCUUAUGUCAUAACUAGUGAAAUUUAGCACAAUUUUAUUCAUUAAAAUGAUUCAAAACAAAUGAAAAUCC